ACAGUCAAACUACUUGUCAGUUGUCAAUUAUUGUCAAACACGCGUGUUGUCGAAAACAUUGUUUUUGAGGUUAUAAUCUUAUAAAUUUAUUCAUAAGUUGUGGUAUUAAUAAUGUCGUUUCGUGGAAGAGGAGGCGGUGGUGGUCGCGGAGGAUUCGGAGGUCGAGGAGGUGGCGGCGGAGGGAGAGGCUUCGGCGGCGGUCGAGGGCGAGGUGGCGGCGGACGAGGCGGUGGCGGCGGCGGCUUCAACAGAUACCAAGACCAAGGCCCUCCGGAGUCAGUCAUCCCUCUCGGCCACUACGGCUGGACCGUGCAGGACGACCUUGUGUGCAAAGUUGACAUUGAAGACGUUCCCUACUUCAACGCACCUAUAUUCCUAGAAAACAAGGAACAGAUUGGUAAAAUCGACGAGAUAUUCGGCAAUUUACGCGACUAUUACGUGUCGGUGAAACUUGGCGAGAAUAUUAAGGCGAAGAGUUUUAAGGAUGGGCAACAGUUUUUCAUUGAUCCCGCAAAGUUAUUACCUUUGAAGAGGUUUUUGCCGCAGCCUCCAGGGGCUAAGCGUGGCGGAGGAAGAGGCGGCGGUCGUGGAGGUCGAGGUGGUGGGGGUGGGUUUAACAGAGGCGGACGUGGCGGAGGUGGUUUCGGCCGAGGUGGUGGUGGUGGUGGUGGCUUUGGCCGUGGUGGUGGCGGUGGUGGCUUCGGGCGAGGUGGAGGUGGCGGCUUCGGUCGAGGCGGCGGCGGAGGUGGAUUCGGUAGAGGCGGUGGUGGUGGCUUCGGUCGCGGCGGCGGCGGACGAGGCGGUGGCUUUAGAGGCGGCCGAUGAUAGUAGUAAUAUAAUGUGGAUUGUCAAUGUUCCAUGCGUUAUAGUGACUUUGAGGAGACGAGAGAUUAUUGUCACAUGUUUUUUAUGAAGUGUAUAAAUGUGGAUGAAGUGAAAAAUUAAUAAUAUGUUUAUAUUAACAAUGGAUGUUGGAAAUUCUAUGGUACAUAAUUAAACUGUUCAGUUUACAAUGUUCAAGUUUUGUUUUAAACAUCCUAACAUCAGUAUAAUGUUUAUUUUUAAUAAUUCCAUCAUCUUGCUGGGGAUGUAUAUUAUUUCUUUUAUAUUUUUUGAGUUUAUGAUUCAAUAGCACUUGUAUGAGUAAAAAAAUGUUUUUAUUUCCAUGAAGAUGAUUGUGACAAUAUAUGUAUAAUUGCUCUUACAUAAAAUUGCUCUUAGGUUGAUAUCUAGCAUACUUUGAUUUAGCUCAGACCUGAGUUGACACAAAGUUAAAACAAGACUUUAUGUUCACAUAUAAAUAUGUCUCAUUUUAAGUUUUUGUUUUAAGUCUAAACAAACUCAAAGAUGCUACGUAGUUCUCAGCCUAAGGCAAUUGGCACUCUUAAUAUUUUUAUGAUA